CUGAGAACCAGGAUACUUUUCUAUCGUCUUAAAGCUCGCGUUAAACAGAUAUGGAUCAGAGGGGCAGUGUGUGCCGGAUGCCACCGGCUGAUCUCAGACAGAUUCCUGCUCAGAGUCUCUGACGGCCUCUGGCACGAGGAGUGUGUGCGGUGCGCCGCGUGCGGGGACGCGCUCGCAAACUCCUGCUUUCUGCGGGACCAUAAACUUUACUGCAAAAGGGACUAUGCUGAUCUGUUUGCAGUGCGCUGUGGGGGCUGUGCGGAGGCCGUAUCUCCCGCAGAGCUGGUGAUGCGUGCUGGGGCCGCUGUGUUUCACCUGCGCUGCUUCACCUGCAGCGUUUGUUCCUGCCGUCUGCAGACCGGAGACUGCUGCAUCCUUAGAGAGGGACAGCUACUGUGUGCAAGAGAUGACUAUCACCAGUGUGUGGCCAGCUCGGCCUCCUCGGACACAGGUAAAAGUGAUGAAGAAGAAGAAGAGGAGGAGGAAGAAGAAUCUGGGAGGAUUACAGGCAGACGAGUCAGAUCAGAAGAUCUGGACAGCAAGCGUCCUAAAAGGCCACGCACAAUUCUGACCACUCAACAAAGACGGACCUUUAAAGCCUCCUUUGAGGUCUCAUCCAAACCCUGCCGAAAGGUAAGGGAGACCUUGGCAGCAGAGACUGGUCUGAGCGUCCGGGUGGUGCAGGUCUGGUUCCAGAACCAAAGAGCCAAAAUGAAGAAACUGGCCAGGAGGCAGCAGCAGCAAGAGCAGCAGCAGACUCAGGAGCAGCACGAGCACCCAUUACAUAAAACAGCGCCCUCCCGUGGUGGUUUGACCUCUGAGAUGGAGCACCUGGGGUCCUCUUAUACCCACAUUCAGCAGCAGCAGCAGCAGCAGAUGGGACUCACCACACUGGAGCAGCAGGACUAUGACAUGGACCCCUUCAGACAGGGCUUGACCCCUCCUCAGAUGCCAGGGGAUCACAUGCACCCCUACGGUUUUAAGGGUCUAUAUGGUGACAUGGACAGAGACCCUCUCUGUCACGUAGCUGACAGCGACUGCCUCUCUCUGGGGGACUCUUCUCUGCUCACCCCUAUCGACCGCCUCUACUCCAUGCAGGUAUCCUACUUCACCUCCUGAGGGUGGUGAAGAUCAGACUCAGUGAGAAGUGUUGCAUCCCUCAUUUUGCUGAAGGUGUGUGUUUAUUUUGCAGCACUCUGUUCUCGUCAUGUAUCUGCCCCGUACUGUGCAGAAGUGGUUGCAAAAUGACUGCCAAGGGGACAUGGGUACACUGUGAUGCCAUGCAAUAUAACGUGUGCACCUCCAUGUUAACAUGAUUACACUACUGCCUCUUACGCUUUAUAAUCCCACAGACUGUGUACGCACGAUACCUCUGACAUCUCUCAUUAUGUUUGAAUGUUAGUCAUGAGAUUAUAUCUGCAUCUACUAAUGUAAAUAGCUCUUUGGGUGUGUAUUUGUAUUUAUUCCUGCAAUGUGUGUAUGCUAAUAAUCUUGAAUGAAUCAUCAGUGA